UUCUUUGAAAGUUUAGAUACCCAACUCUUGCAUGCUAACACCGGAAGCAUGUGUUCAGUCUGCCUGCUGGGCAGUCCAACUCCAGAAGGCCUGAAUCAGAGCUGUAGGCUGAGGGUUUUCAGGACCAUACUGCACACUGGGCUUUGGGUAGUAGGCAGGGAGCCCGUCCAUCGCUGGGCGGGGGAGUGGUGCAGUGGACUAUGAAAGCUGAGUCACAUUCUAAGGAGAGAAUCAAGAGCUCCCCAAGUACCUUGCCACUCCAAGCCUCAAUUUUCUUAUCUGUAAAAUGGAGGUAAUAAUAGUGGCUAAAUAAAGGGGUUGCUAGGCUUAGAAGAAAUGAUACAGAUAUGGAAAGUAGUAAUAGUGUACUGUUAUCCACUCCACAGCUAUAUAUUGAGUGCCUACUAUGUGCCACGGAGCAGUUCAAGGCCCUCGAGAUAACGGUCUUUACUGAACAAAACCAAGAGCUCUUCGGAGACGUGGUGCGGUAGAGUGGCUGUUAGCUUAGCAGCGCUGGGAGCCAUACUGCCUGGGGUUGCAUGACUAGCCUUGUGAUCUUAACCUAGGUACUUAACCUCUGUGUGCCGCAGCUUUCUUUUGUGUCAAAUAGGUGAGUAAUGGUAUCAACCUCAUAGGCCUGUGUGACAGUGAAUGGAGGUAAUGCACAGAAGGCGCUUAGAGCAGUGCGUAGCUCAGUAGUGUUCCGUGGGGGUGGUACCCAAAGGUAGGGCCUCCCCCAUUGUCUAGUGUCCUCAGGGCUCCCCAGCCGGCGAGGCUGGGCAAGCAGCGCCCCCGCUGGUCCCGAGAGAAGGAAGGGCGUCCUCCUCUGCUCCCAGCGGCGCUCCCGGCUCCUCUCCUCCCUGCGGACCGGGAAGCCUCGGUAACCGCUGUAACUGCUCGGGGAAAGGAGCGCUUCCCCGGUCGGGCUCUGCGCGCCCACUGUACCUGUCCGGGAUUGUCACAUCCAGGGCUCAAACAGCCUUAAGAGGCCGACGCAGUUAUUGUCUCCAUUUCACCACGGGGGAAUCUGAGGCUCCCGGAGGUCAGGUUCCUCAUCCCACACCACGCAGAGAGGGCACGGCGGGACGUGGGGCCGGCGGCUCUGCUUGUCCCCAGCCUCCGCCUGGUGGCCAGCAGCCCGCCCCAAUCACUGCGACGUGUGCGCGCUUGUUCCCAGCACGUGUGCGCGCCCCGAGACCCGCCCCGGGAAGCCAGGAGCGCGGUUGGGGUCGUGGGGGCGGAAAAGGGUGGCCAGGGCGGACCCGCGGGGCGGGCGAGAGGGCGGACCUUUGGCCGGGCCCCCGCCCCGCCCUCCAGCCCCGCCCGCCGGGCUGCAGAGGGAGGCGGCGGCGGCUCUGGGCGCCGGGAGUCGGCGGGCGGCGAGGAGCGCGGAGCCGGAGGUGGACGCCGCCGCCGCCACCGCCACCGCCACCGCCACCACCACCUGCGCGGCCGUCAUCAAGAUGUCAUGGCAUCCCCAGUACCGGAGCUCCAAGUUCCGUCAUGUCUUUGGCAAACCAGCCAGCAAGGAGAACUGCUAUGACUCCGUACCUAUUACCCGCAGCGUUCACGACAACCACUUCUGUGCCGUGAACCCCCACUUCAUUGCAGUUGUGACUGAGUGUGCUGGUGGAGGGGCCUUCCUCGUCAUCCCCCUGCACCAGACAGGGAAGUUGGACCCCCACUACCCAAAGGUCUGCGGGCACAGAGGGAACGUUCUGGACGUCAAGUGGAACCCUUUUGAUGAUUUUGAGAUCGCCUCCUGUUCUGAAGAUGCCACAAUUAAGAUCUGGAGCAUCCCCAAGCAGCUGCUGACCAGGAACCUCACGGCCUGCAGGAAGGAGCUCGUGGGCCACGCGCGCAGAGUGGGCCUGGUGGAGUGGCACCCCACAGCCGCCAACAUCCUCUUCAGUGCCGGCUAUGACUACAAGGUGAUGAUCUGGAACCUGGAUACAAAGGAGUCUGUCAUCACAAGCCCCAUGAGGACAAUUGGCUGUCACCAAGAUGUGAUCCUCUCCAUGUCCUUCAACACCAACGGCAGCCUGCUGGCCACCACCUGCAAAGACCGCAAGAUUCGGGUUAUCGACCCCCGAGCAGGCACCGUCCUCCAGGAGGCCAACUACAAAGGGCACCGGGCCAGCAAGGUGCUGUUUCUGGGGAAUCUGAAGAAGCUGAUGUCCACGGGCACAUCCCGAUGGAACAACCGGCAGGUGGCCCUGUGGGACCAGGAUGACCUCUCUGUGCCUCUGUUGGAGGAGGACCUGGACGGCUCCUCGGGCGUGCUGUUUCCCUUCUAUGACGCAGACACCAGCAUGCUCUACGUGGUGGGGAAGGGAGAUGGCAACAUUCGCUACUACGAGGUGAGCGCCGACAAGCCUCACCUGAGCUACCUGACUGAGUACCGCUCCUAUAACCCACAGAAGGGGAUCGGUGUCAUGCCAAAGAGAGGACUUGACGUGUCCUCCUGCGAGAUCUUCCGCUUCUACAAGCUGAUCACAACCAAAAGCCUCAUCGAGCCCAUCUCCAUGAUUGUGCCCCGGCGGUCGGAAUCCUACCAAGAGGACAUAUACCCUCCAACAGCAGGAGCCCAGCCCUCCCUGACGGCCCAGGAGUGGCUCAGCGGGAUGAAUCAAGACCCAAUCCUGGUGUCACUUAGGCCUGGCUCUGAGCUGCUGAGACCCCACCCACUGCCUGCAGAGAGACCUGUCUUCCAUUCCAUGGCCCCAGCCUCACCCCGGCUCUUGAACCAGACAGAAAAGCUGGCUGCAGAAGAUGGCUGGAGGUCUUCCUCCCUAUUGGAGGAGAAGACGCCAAGAUGGGCAGCAGAGCACAGGCUGGAGGAGAAGAAAUCCUGGCUGACAAAUGGCUUUGAUGUUUUCGAAUGCCCCCCACCAAAGACAGAAAACGAGUUGCUGCAGAUGUUCUACCGGCAACAGGAGGAGAUCCGAAGGCUCCGGGAGCUGUUGACCCAGCGAGAGGUCCAGGCCAAACAGUUGGAACUGGAGAUCAAAAACUUGCGGAUGGGCUCAGAGCAGCUCUGAGCAGAGACUUCUGCCCUCCUCACCCUCAGGGACACCACUCGGCUCCGUGGGGAGGUUUAGAACCAAACCACAAGUCCCCCCAAGAACAACCACUAUUUCUAUAUUUUUUACCAGAAAACAAAACUCUCCAUCGCUGAAAGAGAUUCCAGUGGGACAUGGUGCCGUUUUUCUAUUUGCCUUCUUGCAACAACAGUUUCUGAAUUGACUUUGUUUUCAGAUGAUGCCUUCUGUUGAAUUCUGUUAUUAAGGGUCCAUGAUGAGCUGUAACUUCUCAAGAGGAAGGAACACAGUAGAAAACUAGAGCUGGAAGGA